AUCGGCGUAGUCAUCUGCAGUUAUUGUAGCGCAAAAGGCCAGGAUGGCUACUUAUCCAAUUUUACGCAAGACAAGGCAACGUUAAGCGCAUCGACGAAGCAACUUCUUGGCAAAUGCGCGAUGGUGACAGGAAUUGCUAGGCCAAUACUGCCACAAGGCCAGAUGAUGCUUAAGCGUUUAGCCACACAAACUCAAUCGGCGGCUCUCCUGGGGAGAUUAGGCACGUCGUCGACAAGAGUGCAAGCAGUUAGAGGCGGUAAGGGCUUCGGUACAACGGCCAAACCCGUGCAGGAAACACCUAUAGUCACAAAGCUGGAAUGGACUAGCCCCCUGCAAAUCAUCAAGUACCCGGACCCCCGACUACGAGCCGUCAACGCACGGAUAGACGUCUUCGAUGACGCCCUGAUGCGAUUAGCCAAGGAAAUGAUUGGGGUCAUGUACCAGGACGAUGGAGUGGGGCUGGCCGCACCCCAGGUGGGCGUUAACGUGCGGCUGAUGGUGUUCAACCCGGCCGGCCGCAGCCGCCCCGGCAGCGAGACGGUGCUGGUGAACCCGGAGAUCGUGGAGCAGUCGGGCGGCCGGGAGCUCAGCGAGGAGGGCUGCCUGUCCUUCCCAGCCAUUUACGGAGAUGUGGAGCGCUCGCGGCAAAUUGUGGUCAAGGCGCAGGACGCUAUGGGGCAGCCCAUCAAGCUGCAGUUGAAUGACCCGUGGGUCGCUCGGAUCUUCCAACAUGAAUACGACCACCUGCAGGGUGUGCUGUUCCACGACCGCAUGAAGCCGGCGGUGCUGGAGAGCGUGCGGCCGGCGCUCGUGGCGCUGGAGGAGGCGUACCUGGCGGCGCACCCGGGGGCCAAGGUGGUGCGGGUGCCGCCGCCCAAGGUGAACAAGGGCUUUGGUGCUGCGAAGAAAUGAUUUGAAGCAGGGUUGCGGUUGUCUGGGAAGUAAGCCGGUAUGCGGUAAUAACGCAUGUGGUGAAGAAGCAGGAGGGUACGUUGGGUGGUUUUGCAGGGCUGGCUGCGCUGGCUAUCCUGUCAGGGCUUUGUUGAAUGCGGGUCUCUUGUGCCUGCUCCACGUGGAGGAAGCCGCCGGGGACGGUUGCGGGCUGUUAGCUGGUACGUGUUGUGGAG